AAAAAAAUCGAGGAGGCACAUUGAAUCUGAUCCGCAAGCUACGAAUAUUGCCGCGUUGAGCUUCUGGAGCGUCCUUUGAGGGGAAGGAAAAUCGAGAGGGCAUGACCGUAAAACGAAAUAUUUUCAUGGCGACUGUAUUUCUUUUGAGAGAGAAAUGGCCGAGCUCGUUCUAGAGAGAGAAACACCCCGCCAUGUCUGCUGCAUAGGAGACAUCCAUGGCUACUACCAGAAGCUUCAAAACCUCUGGAAAAACCUCGAAACCCAUUUGGGUUUUCCCGCUUUCGAACGGUCUCUCAUCAUCUUCUUGGGUGAUUACUGUGACAGAGGCCCUGAAACCUCCAAGGUCUUAGACUUCCUUCUCUCUCUACCUUCUCUCUAUCCAAACCAGACCCAUGUAUACCUUUGUGGGAACCAUGACCUGUCUUUUGCUGCCUUUAUUGGGGUGCUUCCCAGGCCUCCCAAUGGCCAUGGAUUUGAGCUCACAUGGUCUGAGUAUUUGCCAUAUGAAGAGAGAGAAGGCUGGUAUAAAGGCCCUGGAUAUGAGAGCAUGCAUGUUCAAGGGAGAAGGUGGGGUGGGGUGAUUAAGGAGAUGUUCAAUUUGAAGAAGGGGACUGAGUACAAAGGAUCAAUUUAUGAUGCAGGCCCAACUUUUGAGUCCUAUGGUGUUCCUCAUGGCCACCAUGAUUUGGUCAAAGCAGUUCCUGAGGCUCACAAGAAAUUCCUCGCAGAUCUAGUUUGGGUGCAUGAAGAGGAAAAUGCUUGUAUUGAUAGUUCAGAUGGAAGUAGCCAUGGACUGAUAGCUGUACAUGCGGGCUUGGAGAAAGGAAGGGAAGUUGGGGAUCAGCUUAAAUUAUUGAGAUCAAGGGACACUAGCCUGCCAAAAGUGGAACAUCUCAGUGGAAGGAAAAAUGUUUGGGACUUACCCGAGGAAUUAUUGGAGAAAAAAACAUUUCUAGUGAGCGGCCACCAUGGGACUCUUCACAUUGACGGCCUUAGGCUUAUAAUUGAUGAGAGCGGAGGGCUUGAGAAUUUACCCUUGGCUGCAGUCGUUCUCCCUUCCAUGAAAGUUGUGAGAGACACUGAUGUUUUAGUGAAUUAAUCUCAGUACUCCUUGGUAUCUAUUUUUUCUUUUCAAAUAUCUCCAUUACAUUAGACAGAUGCUAUUGAAAAGAUGAGCAGGUGGAUCUAAUUUCAAUAUCCUCGUAUAUGAUUGAUCCUGUCACACACGAUCGAUCCUAUCAGAUGUCUUAAUCACCAUGCUCAAUGAUAUUGGCAUUACAUAUUAAAUAUUACAUGUUAUUUAUCAUGCUUAUAUUUCA